AUGGGGGCCACAAUCUAUGCUGGAGUGGGUCCUCCGGAAUCCGGAGAAGGCUUCCGACCGACAGAAGAAAGUACUACUACGUUAGAACUCGAACUAGGACAGCACAAGUCUGUGGUGGGGAUUGAGCAGCGUGAUGGAUGGCAUCGCGCCGACUGCCAGGCUUGUAGUCGACCACUUCAAGAAGACAUGCCCGCGACUGACCCAAGAUCUUGUCCCGCGGGAUCUGUCGCUCUUCGUCCUGCCGGAUACGCGGCAUCUACAGUCUGGUAUGGUAAUCAUGCAUCCAUCCGUGGAUUCGCCGUGAUCGACGACAAAGUCCCCAAGGGUACGGUGCAACCGUCAAGUGGCUGCCAUCAUCCAUUCCCCUCUCUAUCCAAGGCAGUCCGACCCCUCUUCCGUGUAACCUCGAGUGAAGCUGGUGGAAAACUAAGUAGCUCUUCCGCUAAGAUCAUUGGCUCCUUCAGCCGGAUAAGUUACACCCUAAGACAAAUGCCCAGGAUCAAACGAACAACAAUGAUCAAUCAAUCACACCUGGAUAAACUUUCCCUGACUGCGAAGAGAAGUAGCACGUCGUGUCUCUCCCUCUCUAUCUCUGCCCCUCUCUGCCCGACCUCCCAAGCCAGGGGACUCGGUUUUCGACAUAUCCUGACUGGUGAGGAGUUAUUGGUCCAUGUCCGGUCUGUGCAUACGGCUCCUGUUGGGUCUUUGGACAAGAUGAGUGAAUCGCGGGGUCCUCGGCCAUGCAUGAAGAGUGAUGGUCGCCGAAAAGGAUCCCGCGAGUACAAGGCCAUUCUCUAUUACUCUCCCCCCCUUGUCUGGCACCAAUGGCUUACUGAGCGGCCUGCAGAUAUCGACCUUAGCUGCAGAAUUAUGCUAUGGCUAUUAGCAGACGGCAAUGGCGCUACAUCCCAAGAAUUCAUGAUUCGUGACAGCUCCACUGGGAGCUUGGGAGCAGCAGCAGACAAAUUGGCAGGGAGGGGAUCGCCGCAGGGGGAAUCUGUGUGUCAGCCUGAGCGUGGAAUCCACGUACUGCUUCAAGUGAUGCAUAAAUCCCAGGAUACCUCGUCUCGAAGAGCGAAUAUCCGAUCUGUGUCGCCCCAAGAGGGAAGACAUAGAGUGAGUGUGAAUGUGGAGAGAGUCAGUCACCCAGAGAAAGGUCUGGACCAGACAGCCAGAUAG